AAUAUAGUCUCUCGCUUGACCGUUGACGUCCAUUUAAACGGCAUUUUAAACUCUCACGUUCUGCGUCUCUCUUAUUUCUCCAAUUAUCGUCGUUCUCGAGUUUUCUAUUCCUCUUUUAUCAAAGGUUAGUCUUAGGGAGCAGCCAACAAAAGUAAAAAGAGACCAAAUUCCUAAAUAAAAGGCAAGAUGUCCCACCUUCAGUUUGACGCUAAGCUAAGUGAAGCAUUAAGGAUGGACGGAGAAUUGACGAGGGGGCCGAUUCCAAGGUGGCAGAGGAAGGCGAUGGAACAGGGAAUGCAAACGCUCUCCAUAAGCAACGAGAACAGCUUUGCCAACAAGUCUGGUCAAAAUACUCCGAGGUCUGUAAAAACUCCACACAGCGGAUCUUUCCUUGAUAACAAGAGCCCUGGUCGAGGGAAGUCGCCAAGCAGGUCCAAGUCGCCAGGUCGCAGGGUUCCCAUGCUUGUGGUUCGUGGUGCAGGCCAGAAGACCCCCUCUCGCAAAACUCCUGCCACACCACAUAACCAGCAAGACAGAUUCAUUCCAAACAGAAGUACCACAGAUACGGAACGUUCUCAUCACCUCUUGGUCACCAGCAUGGAGGCAUCAGGAGGAGACAAGUCCAGAGAGGAGGAUGAAGUGUCCCUUCAGCAGAAAGAAUAUCAGGAAAAGAUGACAGAGAACCUAAAUGAUGGGGUGGCACCUGAGACCAGGGUUUUGUCAUUUAAGAGUAAGGCACCACAAGCAAAAGAAGGCCAUUUGAAUAACCACAAAGUUCUGUACAGUGCUGGAAAACCCACUGUGCCCAAGGCUGCCACAACAAGACACAUUCCCAACAUGCCUGAAAAAGUUCUUGAUGCCCCAGAACUUCUUGAUGAUUACUAUCUUCACCUUCUUGACUGGAGUGUGAACAACCACUUAGCUGUAGCUCUGGGAAACUCUGUGUACGUUUGGAAUGCUGGGGAUGGUUCUAUUACCCCCCUAUGCCAGCUGGAUGACCCCGACUAUAUCUGCUCUCUGUCAUGGAUUAAGGAAGGUAAUGUUCUCGCCAUCGGCAAUAGCUCGGGUGUCACACAGCUCUGGGAUGUUGCACAGCAGAAGCUUGUACGCUCUAUGGGUGGCCAUGAGAGCCGUGUCACUACCCUUUCCUGGAAUUCGUAUAUCCUUUCCUCUGGCUCUCGUUUAGGGCAGAUCUUCCACCAUGAUGUCAGAGUGGCUGAACAUCACGUGGCUACCUUAGCUGGGCACUCUCAGGAGGUCUGUGGUUUGAAGUGGUCUCCUGAUGGGCGUUUGCUUGCCUCUGGUGGAAAUGAUAAUCAGGUAAACAUCUGGGAUAGCAUGAAUACUACACCGAUCCACACGCUAACUCAACAUCAAGCUGCUGUCAAGGCUGUAGCUUGGUGUCCAUGGCAGAACAAUCUUCUUGCUACAGGAGGAGGGACUGCUGAUCGCACCAUCAGAUUGUGGAACUGCACAACCGGAAUUUGCCUUAAGGAUACCACAACUAAUUCUCAGGUGUCAUCUAUUGUUUGGUCGGCACACUACAAAGAGUUUAUAUCAGGCCAUGGAUUCUCUAACAAUCAGCUUACCAUCUGGAAGUACCCAACUAUGGCAAAGGUGGCUGACCUCACAGGUCAUACUGGUAGAGUACUGGAGCUGUGUGUGUCUCCUGAUGGCCAGAUGGUAGUGAGCGCAGCUGCCGAUGAGACCAUCCGCAUGUGGAAAUGCUGGGCCAUGGACAAAAAAGAUAAGAAACAAGCCGAUUCAAACAAGGGCCAUCCGAUAUCCAUGCUUGCUCAGACCAUUCGAUAAAUUGUCUGGUCAGGCCUCUGCUUCCUUCCACAUCUGUUUUCCUUUUUCUUUAUUAUUAUUAAUGAUAGGUCUGUUGUAGGUAAUUUUUUACACACCUAAACAAUCCUCUGCAUCAGCUGUGUGGGUCUUGUGUGAAUUCCUAUGUGAAAUGUACUUCUGUUGUAAAACUUCAGAAUGUACAGAAUCUCAAGCUAAUUAGCAAAACUAUAUUUCUUCAACUUUUAAUUACAUUCAUGGCAGACAUGAUAUGAUUUUCUUCUCAAUUUUUAUUCUGGUAACUUUGGUCCAGUCUUUAAUAUUUAUUAUUAAAUAUGAGAUAAAUCUGACUUGGAUCUUUGUUGUAAUAACUAGGUGUUUGUAAUUGUCAGGAAAAAUCUAACAUUUCUACCUUUGUCUAUGGUAAACUUUUCAUUUAUUGGAAGUUCUCCAUCCAUAAGACAUGUAAUAUUUAGUUGCUAAUGAUUUUAUUCCGUAAAGCAGAUGGAAAAAGUCUCAAAACUGCAUAAUUUCUGCUUGCAGCUGUAAAUAUACUUGUCUAUUACCUAUAUAAUUUAUAAGUUUUAACAGGAAUACAUUUUCAGUGAUUCAUGUGUGUCUGGUUCAUGCAUCAUUAUCAAAUUAUUUUUAUAGAUAUCGUGUAGAAACAAUUGCACAGAUUAUAGUACAUUGGUUGCCAGUACUUCCAAAGAACAGCCUCCUUUGUUUCUGUUAGCAAUAUGCCUUCUUAAUUUCUGUUGUAUUAUUUUUAUGGCUUGAAAUAAAUAUCUCUGUUUCAGUAUCUUUUACUUAUGUAUUGGGUUAUUUGAGUGAUAAAGUGAAACUUGAGUGAGUAUGUUCAAUGACUUGUCAAGGAUUGUUUAAUUAUAUUUUUUAUGUAUUUUUUUAAUUUAAGCAUAGUGAACCCCCAUGACUGGGGAAAAAAAGCUAUUAGGCAAACAUUCAGGCAUAUUCAACAUAAAGUCAAACAAAGGGAGCAGAAAUACAUUAUAAGCCUAUUUUUUCUUGAAUGAAAGAAAAUGAACAUGUUCAUAUUCCAGUAUUGCCUGAUAAAGCAUCUGGAUAUGUGCUUUCCCACUGGUAUGUUAGAUUUGGACUAAAGAGUCAAGUAAAAAAUGAAUAGAAUU